AUGCCAAGCACCAUGGACAUGCUGCGUCUCUUCAUUGACCCCUCCUUCUGGGUAUGCCGACUCCUGGGCCCUAAACGGAAUUCAUUGCCUGGACUCCCGGCCCAGGUCUUGUUGCGAAUAGCGGAACUUCUCUCUCGUGACGAUAUAACAUGCACCUCACUCUGCAGUCAUCGACUAUAUGCUCUUUUAAAAACGAGGGAUCCUUCUACGCUGCGAACAAGACGAGACAAGCUAGCCCUUCUGGCUCGCCUCGGGCGAGAUCUCCCAAAGUCCUACGUUUGCCAUUCCUGCCUUGUUUUCCAUAGGCACGAUAAUUCAGGGGUCGAUCCUCUUGAGCCUAUAUCCAGAUUUAUCUUGGGCUGUCCAAGAUUAGCACAACACUAUGUUCAUGAAAGCCAGCUCUUUUCUUUCAAUAUGAAGUUUCGGUAUCGUUUUCACUUCAUACACCUGCAACUUCUUAUGAUGAGGUUCUAUCUCGGCCCAGAAUAUGGGAUCGGCACCGAGGACAUUUCUUACACAGAAGUCCAACUCCACAGUCUCCAGCCUGGAACUCAGCUUUAUCUUAUCUCUUCCGUUGACGCAGAAAUAUGUUCAACGCAUCCUAGCCUCAUUCUGAGAGUCCAACAGAUCAUUUCGGUUGAUCGUGAUAAGCGGUACCUAUUGUAUCGAUGUCCAUGGCCGCCAUCGAUGAAAAGGUUUAAGAUUCCCCCGCACAGCAUCACCAUUUGCAGUCACGCGAAGUACCAGGAUAUUAGUACCUGGAUCAAUAAGGUUGUGAAGGCCCAUCGUGCUGGAGAAAAAGCCCCAUGUGUCUCUUUUGCUUGUUCCUUCUGUGGCACCGAGGCUAUUCUUGAACUGGUUGAAUUCGAAAACCAAUUGGCUCUGGUUAUUACAAAGUGGAUAGACCUAGGUGCUGGUGUAACACUGGAAGACCGCCAAUGGCGUGGCCAUGAAUUGUUGGAGGAUUGGCCCACGUUGUUCAAAGGAGGGGGUUAUGCACACAUGAGGUCCACAGAAGGAGAAUUUCACACUGAAUAUUUCACGAAACCAAGCGCUCGAGCCUGUUUUGAACGUGCGUCGAGGGAAAGCUUACAGUCUCGCAACAUAGCAUACCUCAAGGAUCAGCGGUUCAAGAAGUGCAUGAUCUACAAGCCCACAAGAUCUGCGUAUGAGCCCCAUACAUGGUAUCUUUCGCCAGCCACUCACCGGUCACCUUUCUCUUCUUUCUGCAGCUAUUUUGAUCUAUGA